AUGACCUUCCGCACCCUCUCCCUCUCUAUAACAUGCCUCGCCUGGACAGGCCUCGCGGCCUGCACAAGACCCAAGAUCGACUGGGUUCCAUGCCCCGCCGACGAGUUCGACACGAAGCUUGAAGUGCACUGCGGAAACUUGACGGUCCCGCUGGACUACACCGGCACCGCCGAGUCCGCCAAGGGCAGCACAAUCGACCUGCAGCUCGUCAAGGUUUUGGCCCCUACCCAGCCGUCGCGCGGCAGCAUCCAGAUGAACUUUGGAGGGCCGGGCUCGCCGGCGCGGCGGGGGACCGUUUAG